CCUUCCCAAGCAUCGUGACCUUGGGGCAAAGUGAAACGGACGACAGACUAUCUAUUCAAUUUCUGUGUCGUCAACGACAUAAGUCCGCCUGUUCUCUCGUUUGAGCUUCAAUUGACCUGAGUUCCAGUCGAUGAUAUCUCGACUUCUGCUGGACUGAACGACACAAAUCAUGGUCCAUGUUCAUAAUCACAACCAUGGGCCCAGCCUGGAGGGACGAAGUCCCGACCAUGGCGAUGACGGACAAGAAGUCACCAUAGUUUAUGUGACUGCUUCCGCAGACUUUGACGGUCCUAUAGGUGGUUAUGUGACAGGUGAAGACCCAAAGACGAAGACCGCAGCUCCUACAGCCGGCGUUGGUCCUGCGGUUCAACAAAGUCGCACAUCGACUAAGGAGGAACCAACUACGACCAAGGAACCAACGAAGAAAACUACGGCAGUGGAGACGAAGCCAACAGCAACCACCAAGAUCGAGACGACUGAGACCACCAAGGAACAGCCGACUAGGGCGAAAGAGACUACCAAGGCAACUGAGAAAGAGACUUCCACGACCGAUCAGAAGAACACCCCCACCGCAAUGACUACCUUCUCAACAGCUACCUCCUCUACUUCCUCCUUGUCCAAUACUGGCUUAGAAGAGGCUGCUGCUACGCACGCGUCGUCUUCGGGUACAUCAGCUGCGUCGUCUACCGCUCUUCCUGGAGCGUCUGGGUCUGAAGGCCUCACAGGAGGUGCGAAAGCCGGUAUUGCGAUAGGUGUAAUUCUGGGAGUUGGCCUGAUCGCGGCUCUCAUUUUCUUGUUCAUGCGUAAAAAGAAGCAGGGCCAGAAAAUUGACGAAAUAGAGCCCGAAAAUGAGAAAGCAUUUGCUGCCAGCAGUGUAGCACCUCCCCCGCCUCCGCCAAAGUUCGAGCCGAUGACUCCUACCAAUCCACCACAGCUCAACGUUCGACCGGUGACCCAGUUUGCACCCGAUCUCACGCCCUCUGCCACAGGCGCUCUCUCUGCGGCUGGUGCAGGCGCAACACUUGGAGCAACCGCCGCUGCAUCGCGUAACCUCACUGAACACGCCUCACCACCCAACACUGCGCAGUCGAAUGCGGGCACCUCAAAUCCUUUUACUGACCCGGUGAAUCCCUUCAGUAACCAGGCGGAGGCACCAUCCCCCAGUGACGUGGCUAGGCCAAUUACCCCUCCAACUGCCCCUCAGACCACGGCACCUCCAAAUCCGGUUCCUGCUGAAGCUGCUGUGGCAACGGCUGCCGCCGGUGCGGCGGUGGCUGCUGUGGCUGUCAGUGCUGCAGUUGCUUCCUCCAAGUCUACCGAGAAUGAUCAUCCUACUCAACCUGAAAGCUCCGAGCCCAAGACUGAUUCUCAACCUGAACGUGCGGAGACAAGCCCUGUCAAUGCUCCAGAUGGCAAUGAGGUAUCUGCUCCUAGUCCUGCUGUUGUCACUGCAAUUCCUGCGUUUGGCCCUUCUGAACAUGGUCCACCUCCCCCUCCGGCUCCUACCAAUGUGCAUCGCGUACAGAUGGACUUCAAUCCUUCCAUGGAAGAUGAAUUGGAGCUCCAUGUCGGUCAGCUUGUUCGGCUUCUCCAUGAGUACGAUGACGGCUGGGCUCUCUGUGUUAGAAUGGAUCAUUCGCAGCAAGGAGUGGUCCCUCGUUCAUGUCUCUCUUCGCGCCCUGUGAAGCCUCGAGCUCGUCCACCUCCAGGGGCCGGCCCCGGUCCCCGUGGUCCACCAAUGAUGGGACCCAAUGGCCCUAUGCCUCCUGGUGCCAUGCCCAAUCCUCGUUUCUACCCUCAAGGUGGACGCCCAAUGUCUCCUGCUCGACCGAUGUCGCCAGCACGCCCCAUGUCUCCGUCUCAUCCUGGCUAUGCUGGGCCUCCAGCACCACGUCCUCACCCACAGCGCCCGAUGUCCCCUGCUCAAUUUCCCCCUGCUCCCCGAUCAUUCUCGCCAGGCCCAGGGCCUCGUCCAAUGCCACCUCGCUCGAUGAGCCCGGGUCCUUAUGGUCCCCCAGGCAUGCAACGACCGGAGAUGCCUGUCAACCAGCGGCAACGAAGCAACAGUGCUGGUGGGCCAGUUCCACGCACCGCCGGCUCACCAGGACCUAGUCCCUUGGCUGCUCCUAGAACCCCACCUCCAUCAGGUGCGCUGCCAGCAAUCCCCAACCUGGUCCCAGCUCCUGCUCCGGCCCCGGUUGAAGCUCCAGCCCCGGGAAGUAACAUGCCACCCCAGUGAGCUCUGGACAUUCGCGUUAGACCAAUGAUCGUCGAUUUCGCGGGAGACAACGGCUGACAUUGUCGCUAUUAUGUACGAGUCUGCUAUGAUAUCAUGUGCUCCUGCAACGAAACCGCUCUACCCAAAGUCAACAAUGCGUUAUGUCCCCACCAUCGACUCGUCAAGUUUGUUUCUUCUUGAUUUUCUCCACUUGCUUUACCUCAUAUUCUGUAUGAAUCUUUCCGUCUUCCUAGCAGACUACUUUCAUAAGGAUUUGUCUGCGUUCUCUUACGUCUCUUCCUUCACUGCCAAGUGCCUGCACAUAUCUCACCUGACGGAAUAUACCCAACUUUGUAAGAUUUCUUUCUAUUGAAUCAUGAAACCAGAAGUUUUUUUGGAUUACUUUAUGUGAUUACCCUAUUUGUUACUACAAUAUACUUUUCCUACCUUAAUCUUUCUCCGAUGUCUACGUUACAUCUUAUCUAGUUUAAACCAAACAGUCGGCCGUGGUGGUAUAACGCUUUCUAAUAU